AUGGUUCAAGCUAGAAAAAAUCCAAAGUCAACAAUGGAUAGAGCUCGUCGAGUUGUAUACUGGCGCUUUCAUUAUAAACAUCGUCAUGAUCGACAACCAUUAUCUAAAUCAAUUCAAGACGAAAUCGAUCAAAUAGAUAUUGAACAACUGAUUGCUGAUGCAUAUGAUGAUGCUGUUACUAUAUAUAAUGAUUUAGAAGUAUUGGACAUAUUAGAACAAAAGCAUGUACUUGGUUUAAAUCUAUUAAGUGCAUAUAUAUUUGAACAUUUAAAUAAGAAUUCUCAGAUGUACAAUUUCUCAUCUCAAGUAGAUACCAUCGAUAGUGAAGAAUUUGAAUUAGCUGCCGAUGAUGAUGAAGACAUCAACAGUGACAGUUGUAAUGAUGACGAUUGUUCUUCGGAUGAUGAUCAUACUGAUGAUGAAGAGCAAGAAAUUACAACUGAAUUCAUUAAUACCACGAAAAAAAAACUUUAUUGGAACAAAAGUCUAUGA